CAAUACCAUCGAAGAAGAAGACGAAGGACCACAGAAGAAGAUUGAAACAACUUCGACUUCACUAAAAUGUCGAUCGUCUUCGUGCCAAAGAAACUACGAGGAAAGGCGAAAAUUAACCAAGAAACAAUACAAAGGCUGCUGGAUGAAAAUGACCAAUUAAUCAGAUGCAUCACCGAGUACAUGCAGAAAGGACGAGCUGUGGAGUGUGUACAAUACCAACAGAUCCUGCACCGCAACAUCGUCUAUUUGGCAACCAUAGCUGAUGCCAGCCCUAACAACAUGCCUCCCUCUUCAAAUUCUACAUCCAGUGAAACCUCAGCCUCAACAUCAGCUGUGAAUGCAUAUGGAGGGACAGGAUGAUGGGGGGGGGGGCUUUUGACAUUAGAAUGUUUGAGAAUGAUUUUACAUGAUAACAAAUAUAUAUUUAUUAUGACAAUUGUUGUCGUCAGGCAAUGUUACCAAUUCUAGGAUCACUGGUGUUUCAGAUCAGUAAUACUCAAUGGAAUGGACAUGUGGGAAAAUACUGUGAUUUUCUUUUUUUUUUAUGAACUGUACAUUAAACUUGCUUAUUCCUAUUUUUGAAA